CGCCUUCCAGAGCAAGCGACAGGCGGCGCGAGGAGGCGGGGCCGCGGCUGCAGGCGGUGUCUGCGCCUCGCGGUUUCGGAGCUAGCAGACGCUCGGGGAACAUGGCGGCGGCGGAGCCCGCGGUCCCGGCGCUCCCCAGCGGCGGUGGCUUGGGGGCGCCGUCGGGCACGGUCCCCGUGCUUUUCUGCUUCUCGGUCUUCGCGCGGCCCUCAGCCGUGCCGCACGGCGCGGGCUACGAGCUGCUCAUCCAGAAGUUCCUCAGUCUGUACGGCGACCAGAUAGACAUGCACCGCAAAUUCGUGGUGCAGCUCUUCGCGGAGGAGUGGGGCCAGUACGUGGACCUGCCCAAGGGCUUCACGGUGAGCGAGCGCUGCAAGGUGCGCCUCGUGCCGCUGCAGAUCCAGCUUACUACCCUGGGAAAUCUUACACCUUCAAGCACUGUGUUUUUCUGCUGUGAUAUGCAGGAAAGGUUCAGACCAGCCAUCAAGUAUUUUGGAGAUAUUAUUAGUGUGGGACAGAGAUUGUUACAAGGGGCCCGGAUUUUAGGAAUUCCAGUUAUUGUAACAGAACAGUACCCUAAAGGUCUUGGUAGCACUGUUCAAGAAAUUGAUUUAACGGGUGUAAAACUGGUACUUCCAAAGACCAAGUUUUCAAUGGUAUUACCAGAAGUAGAAGCAGCAUUAGCAGAGAUUCCUGGAGUCAGGAGUGUUGUGUUAUUUGGAGUAGAAACCCAUGUGUGCAUCCAACAGACAGCUCUGGAGCUCGUUGGCAGAGGUAUUGAGGUUCAUAUUGUUGCUGAUGCCACGUCGUCGAGAAGCAUGAUGGACAGGAUGUUUGCUCUUGAGCGUCUUGCUCGAACUGGGAUCAUAGUGACUACAAGUGAAGCUGUUCUGCUACAGCUGGUGGCUGAUAAAGACCAUCCAAAAUUCAAGGAAAUUCAGAAUCUAAUUAAGGCGAGUGCUCCAGAGUCGGGUCUGCUUUCCAAAGUAUAAGACAUGUGAAGAACGGGUGUGCUACUCACCAUCACGUGACAGGACUGUAAGCCCGGACAAGCUCAUGUCUCUAGCAGAAUUAAAACGUUAAGUCAAAAAUUGGCUCUUUUUUGCGCCUCUUAGUAAAACUUAACCAAUUAGACCGUUUGGGUACCAGCAUUUAGUUACAGAUGUCAAAGGUUUUAGGUGCUGCUUACCUUCUUCUUAUGUUAAUGUGCUUUUAUUUAUUAAAAAAAUUAUAAUGGAGGUGCCUGUUUUCUCUAUACCAUAUACACUGAUCAUACUUUCAAAAGUGCACACUCUUGUGAAAUUUUCUUAAAUUGUGCACAGUUAAAGACAAAGAUCUCCCAGUAAUAGUUUGACUUUUGUCUUAUUGUAAGAUGUAUGUUACAAUGUUAAUGUGGAUUCAGUGCUUUUACUUUACAGGUUGAUUGAAAUAGGAUUAUUAAACGAGAAUUUAAAAACA